GGGACUUUUAUUUUGGAACGGCGAUGUGACGUCAUAAGGCCGCUCCGGCGUCUGUUGUGAUUCAGCUGAAGAAAGCUUUACAGAGCGUCCAAACACAGAGAAACUCUGAAGAAACUGAAAACUGCUGAAGCGACUGAGAUCCACGGGACACUAUUAUUAUAAAGAUGGCGUUUAUUAAAGUGGAGAGUGAAGACCUGAAGAUUGAAGAAGUAUUCAGUGUCAAACAAGAAGAAACUGAGGAACAAACAGGUCUGAUGACACUGAAAGAGGAGAUUGGAGUUCUGAAUGAAACGGAAGAUAAAUAUAAGCUUGAAAAACACCAUGAGUUCAUAACUGAAGAAAAAACGUUUACUUGCCCACCGGCUGAAGAGAUAAGAAGCUGUGAAAAGAAGAAUUUUACCUGUCAACAGUGCGAGAAAAGUUUUAACCUAAAAGGAGGCCUUACCAGGCACAUGAGAACUCACACUGGAGAGAAACCUUACACCUGCAAACAGUGUGGAAGCAGUUUCAGUCUAUGUGGAAACCUUAAAAUCCACAUGAGAGUUCACACUGGAGAAAACCCUUUCACCUGCCAACAGUGUGGAAAGAGUUUCACACAAAAAGUAAACCUUAACAGGCACAUGAGAACUCACACUGGAGAGAAACCUUACACCUGCAAACAGUGUGGAAGCAGUUUUAGUCUAUAUGAAAACCUUAAAAUCCACAUGAGAACUCACACUGGAGAAAACCCUUUUACCUGCCAACAGUGUGGAAAGCGUUUCACUCAAAAAGUAAACCUUAACAGGCACAUGAGAACUCACACGGGAGAGAAGCCGUUCACAUGCCAACAGUGUGGAAACAGUUUCAGUCUAUAUGAAAACCUUAAAGUCCACAUGAGAGUUCACACUGGAGAAAACCCUUUCCCCUGUGAACAGUGUGGAAAAAGGUUCAACCGAAAAGUAAACCUUAAAUACCACAUGAGACUUCACACUGGAGAAAACCCUUUCACCUGCCAACAGUGUGGAAAAAGUUUCACUCAAAAAGUAAGCCUUAACAGGCACAUGAGAACUCACACCGGAGAGAAGCCUUAAACAUGCCAACAGUGUGGAAACCAUUUCAAUCUAUGUGGAAACCUUAAAAUCCUCAGAAUGUCAAGACUGACCAAUCACAAUCAAGUAUUCCACAGAGAAAAGGGAAAAUAAAAAAAGGGAAAAUAAAAAGGGAAAAUAAGAGCAUAGCAAAAGUGGCAAAUAUUAAAACGUGGAUUCACUUAAAUGUGAAUGAAUGUGAUUGACAUUAACCUGUAUUGUCUCUUACUGUACCUUUUGUUAAUAAUUUUUUUUAUAGAUUGUACUCUAAUAAACAAGAGUAAUCAACAUCUAAAUUAAUACCAUGAAUGACAAAGUAAUAAAGUGCAUAAGAUGCAAGUAAGUUGGGGGUUGCAAUGUCAGAGUACCGUUAUUUAAUGUGAAGAUAAACUUGCUUUUCUGAAACUAGCCUUGAACACGUAGUGCUAUAGGUGCUAAUCUUCUGGAACACAAAAGGGUCCUAAAAUCUGGAAGAUGCAGCUGAGCCCCUGAAGUAGGUGCAUAAGAUUCUUAACCUUAUUGCAGCUUUGUUGCAAAUGUCUGUAGGUCUUCUGGCUCUCUGGGAAGGAGACUCAGAACUUGGUCAAUCCUCUUCUGGCUCUCUGGGAUGGAGACUCAAAACUUGGUCAUCCACUUCUGCCUCUCUGGGCUAGAGACUCAAAACUUGGUCAAUCCACUUCUGGCUCUCUGGGAAGGAGACUCAAAACUUGGUCAAUCCACUUCUGGUGCUCUGGGAUGGAGACUCAGAACUUGGUCAUCCACUUCUGCCUCUCUGGGCUAGAGACUCAGAACUUGGUCAAUCCACUUCUGGUGCUCUGGGAUGGAGACUCAGAACUUGGUCAAUCCACUUCUGGCUCUCUGGGAUAGAGACUCAGAACUUGUUCAAUCCACUUCUGGCUCUCUGGGAUGGAGACUCAAAACUUGGUCAUCCACUCCUGCCUCUCUGGGCUAGAGACUCAGAACUUGGUUAAUCCACUUCUGGUGCUUUGGGCUACAGACUCAAAACUUGGUCAAUCCACUUCUGGUGCUCUGGGAUGGAGACUCAGAACUUGGUCAAUCCACUUCUGGCUUUCUGGGAUGGAGACUCAGAACUUGGUCAAUCCACUUCUGGCUCUCUGGGCUAGAGACUCAAAACUUGGUCAAUCCACUUCUGGCUCUCUGGGAUGGAGACUCAAAACUUGGUCAUCCACUUCUGCCUCUCUGGGCUAGAGACUCAGAACUUGUUCAAUCCACUUCUGGCUCUCUGGGCUAGAGACUCAGAACUUGGUCAAUCCACUUCUGGCUCUCUGGUCUAGAGACUCAGAACUUGUUCAAUCCACUUCUGGCUCUCUCUGGGUUAGAGACUCAGAACUUGGUCAAUCCACUUCUGGCUCUCUGGGUUAGAGACUCAGAACUUGGUCAUCCACUUCUGCCUCUCUGGGCUAGAGACUCAGAACUUGUUCAAUCCACUUCGGGCUCUCUGGGUUAGAGACUCAGAACUUGGUCAAUUCACUUCUGCCUCUCUGGGAUGGAGACUCAUAACUUGGUCAAUCCACUUCUGGUGCUCUGGGCUAGAGACUCAGAAUUUGGUCAUCCACUUCUGCCUCUCUGGGAUGGAGACUCAGGACAAGCUGAAUCUGUUGUGUUGCUGAAUGAAGACUCUGCAUGAAGGGUUUCUGUUGAUGCAGGGGUGGGCCAUUAAUUUCCCAAAGCGUACACAUAAGAAACUGGGGCGGUUGUUGGGGGCUGGAUCAAUACACUUGUGAUGUGUAGGGAGAGGCCAAGAGCCAUGGGAUGGAGCGAGGCUGGUGGAGUAAAUGAUAAUGUGUGACACCUGCACCACUCACUGAUCUCGAGUCCCACGGAGGAGCUCAGGAAGGAUAAAAGGAGGAGUGACGAUAGUUUGGACAAGAGAGGACCAGGCCUGGAUUUUAUGUUGUUGAUUUGUUUCUGUUUGUAAGUUGCCAUGUGGGGCUGUUGCGCUAUUUUAAGUUUUGUGAUUUCUUUUUAUUACUAAAGUUUUAUUUAAAUGUUUGCCGGUUCCCACCUCCUUCUUCCCGAACUACGAACUGUCCCAGGUGAAAAAUAAAUAUAUUCAAAUUGUGCUUUUUCAGACACCCUUGUUAUAUUUCAAUUACAGUUUACUAAGUGCAUAUUAAAUGUAUUAUUUGUG